CGCGGAUAUAAAUAGAGACGCUCGAGACAGCUUUGGCGCAUCGGGUGGCCUUUUGGCUUGGAUGUAGCAGCGGCUCGCGUUGGAAAGCAUGGCUCCCAGUAACCUCAAGGAAGAGGAGAGAUUGCCGGUGAAGGAAAAGAAUAAGCUAAGGAAGCCGGUGGUGGAGAAGAUGCGCCGCGACCGCAUCAACAGCAGCAUCGAGCAGCUCAAGGUCCUCCUGGAGAGGGAAUUCCAGAGGCACCAACCCAACUCCAAGCUGGAGAAAGCAGACAUCCUAGAAGUAGCGGUCAGCUACCUGAAGCAGCAGCAUCAAAUGCAACGGAAUGUGUCCGGCCCGAAAAGCCCAGAAUUUGACUUCAACACCGGCUACCUCCGCUGCUUGAGAGAGGCGUUGCAUUUCCUGUCCUUGUGCGAACCCAAAAAGGAAGCCCAAGCAAGGCUGCUGAAGCAUUUCUGCAAGGUCCAGGUGACGGUCGACGGAAGAGCGCCGAACGCUGCUCUCACGCGCUGCUACGCGCCGCCGUCUCCGUGUCCGAAACCUCCGUCCGGGAAGAAUCCACCAAACGUGACGGCCACUAUCUGGAGACCCUGGUAGUUGGGUGGACUUUCCUACUCAUGAUCUGCAAACCCAGAGGGUUCUUUGACUCCAAAGCCCCUCUUUUAACAGUAGGAAACAUUUGGUUUCCAUAGGAGGAGGAGGAGGUGGUGGUGGGGAUGGUGGUUUCUUCUCUAGCGAGAAAGGUUCGCAUCCGCUGAGUUGUUUUCCUUCACAGUGAAGGGUUGUAUCUGCAUCUUGCAGUAGGUGGUCUGCUCGUAUGAGCAACACAAGAGGACCUCUUCCUUCCCAAGGCCAAAAGCAAGACCAAAUUCAGUUGGUUUCCAAACAUCGUUGUCAAAGGCCUGAAGGAACUGGACUCUUGUUCGUAGGUGUCCCUCUGUUAUAUCCCAGCGACCUUUGACCCCGGGUUUGCCUUUGACCAGGAUGAGGAAUAUGUUGAUAUUUCUCCACGCUCA